CAUGUCGACCUGCGCGGAUGACAUGAAAGAUAAGUUCAAGGAAAAAGUGAUGUCGCAAUUCCUACUUGUUCCUGAGUUCGACAAGUUUCAAGAAUUUCGCACUUUGGCUUUCGAAGAACAACCAGCGAAUGUGAAUGACUGUGCUAAAAAGUCACAUGACAGGUGCAUCACACUAUUCACCGGGAUGCAACAACAAGACGAGAAAAACCUCUGCAAUGGAGUCACCCACUUCAUCCAAUGUUACCAAACUAACAAAUGUCUCACUAGCCGUCUAAGCAUCACGUUUGCUGAUCUAAUAAGAGAAAUGAGUGCUGAGUUGAUAGAUGCGUUCAAAGCUCAUUCCAUGUGCGAAGUGGAUAACACUGAACUAUGAAACAUACGGAAAGAAACAUCGAGUAAUCACAGGCAGCCCAAUCUCCAUUUAUCGUAGCCGAAAAUCUGGAACUAGGAAAUAUUCAGCUAAAUUACCUUUAUGUUAUUAUGUUCAGCUUAUUUAUUUAAUAUCUAACGAUUACUCGCCGAAGGCGUAGUGAUUUCCGGUGGAAUAUUUAUCGCGAGCCACGAAACUUCGAGCGGCGAGGUAAAUAUCACCAUAAUCUCCGAGCCUGAUCAGGGGAAUAAUUUUUUAGUAUAAUUUUAGACUUGAAUAUCAGAGAAAAGUCGAAAGUCGGGAUAAAAAAGAGUUUUAGUCAGUAUUACAUCCAAUCUGGAAAAGUUUGGAAAAGCUCAUAAUCACUUCUCCAACGGUGAUUACCUGUCACAGAAUCACUGCAUGAUCGCUCGACCAAUCACAGCUCGAGAAACUCUAUUCAAGUUUAAAAUUGUACUAAAAGUAUUUAUUCCCUUGAAACGCCUAAAGUGCUUAUGAGCCUUUACACAAUAUUUUCAGAAUUGAUUCUUUAGAUAGUGAAUAGUUGAUUGKGAAAAUAAUUCGUCAWUUGAAUGUCGGGUCUUUGAG